CACACGUAAGCCGUGGCGGAAGGUCGCUCUGUCAUCUCGCGGAGCACCCUUCUGAUGUUUGUCGCUCACAUUUUGAAUGCUACUCUCCUCUCUCCCCUGUCCGUAGCCAUUUUGGCUGAAACCAUUGGACAUGAGUCGGCCGCGGCGGCGGCCCCCCGUGCGGAAGCUUGCCAUGUCCGGCAGCUUGCCGCCUGCUGCGCAGGCGGUCCUCGGCGCGGUGCUCGGCUGCUCGCAGGCUGGGCUUUCCGGGAAGGCGCUGCAGGCGGCCGUCGCGGCGGCCGCGCGCAGUGCAGUGCAAGGAGCUGUGGCUGGCGGUCAAGUUCCGCAAGACGCUGGCGAGGGAGGCGCGCCGCCCCCCGCCGCGUCGCCGGUUGAGACGGCUCUCGUCUCCAUGGAGGUCCUACUGCGCGAGGUCCAGGCAUGUGCGGGCCUCGCGGCGAAGCCCAGCGUGUCGGAGGCCAAGGCUCUUCUUCGUGGGCGUGGCGCGGCCGCGCUCGCCUCGCGGCUCGGGAAGGUCUCGAAGCUGCGCAACACGGCGGGACACCCCGACGUGUUGCUGUGCCAGGACAUCCACGAGGCGUUUGUGGGGUCCGUCAAGGUUGACGCGAACAGCUCCUGGUCGCACGGCGUGGUGAGCUACGACAUAUCCUCCAACAUGGAGUCGGGGGAGGAGGAGCUCUAGCUCAAGGAGGAGCAAUUCGGCAACAUCCUGGCUUCCCCGCUGCUGGUCGACAGCGGGGCGGGCAUGGGGGAGUCCCAGCCGGAGGACAACGCCGUGGUCGAGGAUGGAUCCUGUGACAAGGUCCUGGAGGCCAUCGCUGACAUCAAGGACAUCACCAUGACUCUGCGGGCGGACGUCCAGGGCAUCGUUGGCGUUGUGGCGCCGCUCGUGGACGGCGGCCACAUGGAGCCGCACAUGGAAGUCCGUGGCCGUGCCCGUGGUCCACGCGCAGGCGGCGCAUCACGUGGAGAAGAUCGAGGAGGUGCCCCAGGCCUUCCAGGAGAGGGGCGUGGAGGCGCCUGAGGACUCAGUGCCGGAGUUGCACUGCGUGGAAAAGGUCCUGGAGAAUGACGGCACUCGUAAGACCGUCAAGUGCGAGAAGCUGCUGCAGACGACCGUGGAGGUGCAGGACGAGCAGAUCUUGAAGCAUAAUGAGAAGAUCGGCGAGGCGUCGCACUCCCUGGAGCAGGAUGCCAUGCCCAAGUAGCAGCAGAAGGUGGAGUGCGAGGCGGUCGAGGACGGCUCGGACUCGUGCGGCCUGGACGCGGACGAGGAGGAGGCAGACGACGAUUGCCCUCUCGAGGACGCGGACGGCACCAAGGUGGAGAAAGGCGCUCUCCCCUAUGCGAGUGUGUGCCAUGAGCUGCUCGCCGUAGUGCGUGAGAUCAACCCUGAUGUGAGCGAUGGGACGCUCGACUCGCUUGCGUGCUUGAGCCUGGAGUCGCAACAGGGUCUCCUAGAGAAGUACAGGUGUGCUCCUCGCCGCCGCUGCCUAGGCGGCCGUGGCGGUGCGUGAGCCUCUUUGCUGUGCGUCGGGCGCACUGUUGAGGGAGUGGUUUCGGCGGUCUUCCUGCGUGUGGCAGGAGGCGCAGCCUGGAGGAUAGCGCUGUGCGCGGUCCCAGGUGAUGCUGCAUACCUCUCAGGGGGUGGCCACGGUGAACUCCCCUCGUCUGGGGGGAGGCACGGCCUGGAGGGUAGCGCGUGCAGCGCAGCCCCAGGUGACGCCGCAUACCUGCGUUUCGAGCCUUUCGCCAGCAGUGCUUGCUCGACCAUUGUUCUGUCUCUCUUUUCGUGUUGUUCCUGCCCGUUUCGACUGUCUUGAGGCGCCGUCCCAUCCUAUCCCAUCUUCUCUCCCCUGACUCUGUACGGGAGAUGUCCCGCCCUCUCCGCGCAUCGGUUCUCGCAUACGGCUACAACAGGGUUUGGUUUACAAUCCGAUUGUUUUGGGUGUUUCAAAAUAAUAAUCCCGCUGGGUUGCACCACCUAGAUUGCAUUACGUUGGUUGCACCGCCUAGGUUGUACGAGCGCACUGCGUAGAUUACUAGCAGGCCGCUCUGCGGUUGACCGGGAGUUUCUGUAUAUAGACGAAGGGGCGUGCGUUUCUGUGCGAGAGGAA